CACUCACAAAACCAACAAAAAAACAUCAGGAAAACAUGUCAUUAAUAGAGAGAAGAGAGGAACAUUACUCAAACUACUUUGUCCAAAGCUCUUCGUCCCUUUUCCACGACGCAGAAUCCGAAUUCCAGUCCCCAUAUCAAUCUGACUCAGUGCAAUUGGUCUUAGUCCGCAUCAAUGAAUCCCCGAGGGAUAAAGAACCAGGCGAUGUACGGGGCAGGAAGACAGAUGGAGGAUAUGCUUCAAUCUAGAGCUGGAUUUCCUCUAAUACUACGAAUGAACCUAAUCUCCGACUUUCGAGUUGUCUGGAGUAUUAUAAACCCUAGGUACCAUCAGAAUGUCGAGUGUUUAUUGUUUCGUUCUUACAACAAGAAACACAAACAAGCUACAGUAGUAAAAGAAAAAUGUAGGGGUAUCUUAACUAAUCAGAGAUUCUUCUCCCUGGAAGCAUAUGAAAGUAUUUGAAUCAUGCAAAUGAGACGCCAUGAUUAUCUUACAAUGAUUUUUUUCAUGUGUGUAACUGUUUUGUGAUGAAUUACAUAUCUUCAUCUAGUAAAAUCCGGAUGAUGCACACAUAACCAAAACAAAACUAAAAAAAUUGUAAACCAAAUGAAAACUACUAGUUAUUAGAUAAUUUUAUAUAUACAUCUCUAUAUAUAUAUAUUUCUUUUUUUUGAGAAAGGGCUUUACAUCUCUAUAUUUUCUACAGAUUUAUAUCCUGAUUUUUCUUUUAAUUUGAUAUUCCCAGUUUACGUCCAUCAUUUUAUAUAUAUGUGAAAAAUAGUAAUUUUUUUGUCAUCAACAUAAAUAGACUCGAUUAAGACUAUGUUAACCAAACAAGUGACCCUGUGUCCAUAUUAGACGACUGGCUUCGUGCACUAUACGUCCUUGUAUUCUGAGUCCGAGGUACAUGUGUGAGAUGGAAAGUAAAAAAGCUUUCCUUCAGAAUAAUAGUAAUUUCUCUUUUGAUUUUAUGCCACGAAAAAUAAAUGAGAAAAUUUGCUUCUCAUUUACAUCAUUAAUUUGAAUUGAUAUUUCAUAUAUGUCAAUGUCUACACCGAAAAAAACUUUACAAAUAUCACUAGUUCCAUAGUUCCCAAUUAAUCAAAUUAUAUACAAACGAUAGACUCACUUGGGGACAUAGGUGCACAAAUGUCUUCCCACCUCAUUGGCUCUGGUCUCCAAAUCCAACAAUACAUCUAAUAAAGCAAUCAUACAAUAUAAAAAAUAGUUACCCGUGCCGUUGUGCGACUAGACAUAAUGCUGUCAUUCUGGAGUGUUGAUGUCUUUGUGGUUGAAUAAUUUCCGAGAGACGUUAAGUGUGUUCCUAUGAAAUAUUUAGGCCACGGUACAUUCGUACUUUUUCUUGUACUCUUUAUAGAAAGUAUUGUGUGUUGUCAAAUAAUUUUAUCUUUUGAAUUUAGAGUGCGCACUACAUAUCUAAAUUUUCAUAAAUAAAAUCAGAAAAAAUCUAACAAUUCCAUCAACGAAUCAUUUUUACAUUUCAUCUGCCAAUAGUUUGAGAUAUGAAUCACAUUAUCAACACCCAUUCAUAUAGUAUAAUAAUUGUUAAACAUAGGGCAGCUUAUAGUAGAUGAUAAGGAACGUGAGGUAUCAACUUUAUAUACUUCAAUGGUUAUCGUGUUGGAAAAAAUAUUAGGUAAGGUGAGGGCGCAUAACAAUCCAAAUAUAUAUACAACUGUAUUAAGUAACAAAUGCGAAAGAAAAGAGAAAUGAAUGUUAAACUAAGUGAUCAUUUGUUGCAUUUUAAUUGGGAAUCCUACGUAGCCCACUCUUGUUGCAUAAAAUGUUUCGUUGAUUGUGACUUCAGCGACUACGUCACGUCUCUCAUACGUUUUCUGUUCACUAAAUGGUUUUGGUUUCAUACUCAAAUCGAAUAUUUCGUAUUCAUACCUAUUAAUCGAUGAAUUGUCAGCUAAUUAUUUGAAGGUACGGUUAAAAGCAAAGACGCUUAGAACUAAAUCAGUAUGGGAACAUGAUUUGAAUAUCAUGGCAUCGGUUUAACUUUAUCUUAAUGGUAUUGGGGACAAGAGACGAAACUUAAGCAAAAAUAUUGGUUAGGCUUGUACUGUAUCAUAUCCCGUGUAGUCAGAACGGUGCAAAUAUUAGCAAUUCCGAAAAUUUACAUGCAUAUAUUUACGAACUUAUUAUUAUAUGAAUUUGUAUCUUGUAAGAAAUUGUGGAUAUUGAUGUGGUAUGUGCUAUACACACGCCUUGAAAAGCUGCAAAAUUAAGUAGUAAUAUAUCACCCAACUUUUAACAAAAAAUAAUAUACAUAAAGUAAAAAAAAAGUAGGAUUGCAUUACUUUAUAAAUAAACCAUAGUGUGGAGAACAAAUGGACGAAAAUGAGAAAGGGAAUAUGAAUGGAAUUUGUGUAUAAAUUGGAGCCAAGUGUUGGCAUACACUUAUUAAAUUGUAGCCAAGUACUACUUCUGGCACACGCCUAGUAAUUGUUCCCUUUAAACUCUCCCAAACACUUACCUGUGUCACUACUCAUCCACGUGAUUACUUAAACAAGCGUUGACUCAUACAGACACGACAAAUUAAACACAGUGACCGUUUCUUUGGAGAGGAUCGAUGACGGAAGCUGGUGAUCUUACUUCGGUUCCAAACAGUGUGAUCAAGCCGUUCCCAUUUCUUGUUAUCUUCAAAGAUUUAAAACAUGUAUUCAGUAUGGAUGCCAUUGGGCGAGAGAUACUAAGCAUGGCGUUUCCGGCGGCUCUUGCUUUUGCUGCUGAUCCAAUAGCGUCUCUGAUCGACACCGCUUAUAUUGGACGUUUAGGAGCGGUUGAGCUAGCAGCGCUUGGAGUAUCCAUUGCGAUAUUCAAUCAAGCUUCUAGAAUCACGAUAUUCCCAGUUGUGAGCGUCACAACUUCCUUUGUCGCUGAGGAAGACACGAUGGAGAAGAUGAAAGAAGACGAAGCAAACAAAGCCAUUACUCAUGCAAAUACUUCAGCUGUUCAAGAUUCCUUGGAAAAAGGUGUUGCGUCGCCGGCAAGUAACAACACGAGCCAGCCGCAGCAAACGCCAGCUUCGGAUACAAAGCCAAGCAGCGGAAACAAAGCAAAAAAGAAAGGAAAGAAGAAUAUCAAAUCGGCAUCAACGGCCAUGAUCAUAGGGUUAAUCCUAGGCCUUGUGCAAGCCAUUGCCUUGAUUUUCAGCUCGAAGGUGCUUCUAGGCGUCAUGGGAGUGAAACCGAAUUCAGCAGUGUUAUCACCAGCGCACAAGUACUUGACCAUACGAUCAUUAGGUUCUCCUGCAUUGCUUUUAUCACUUUCAAUGCAAGGCAUUUUUCGUGGCUUCAAGGACACCAAAACUCCUCUAUAUGCUACUGUUGUGGCAGAUGUUAUCAAUAUCAUUCUCGACCCAAUUUUCAUCUUUGUGCUGCACCUUGGCGUCAGCGGUGCGGCCAUUGCUCAUGUCAUUUCUCAGUACUUCAUGACUCUAAUAUUGUUCAUCCGCCUCGCGAGUAAAGUUAAUUUGAUGCCACCAAACUUCGGAGAAUUACAGUUCGGAAAAUUCCUUAAAAGUGGGGGAUUAUUGCUGGCGAGGACCGUAGCUGUAACGUUUUGUCAGACAUUAGCAGCAGCAGUGAUGGCUCGUCUGGGAACAACACCCAUGGCUGCUUUUCAAAUAUGCUUACAAGUCUGGUUAACUACUUCUCUCCUCGCCGAUGGUCUUGCCGUUGCCGGUCAAGCCAUUCUGGCUUGUUCCUUUGCGGAGAAAGACUACAACAAAGUGACUGCUGCUACAUCGCGUGUUCUACAGAUGGGUUUUGUGUUAGGACUUGGACUGUCUGUUUUUGUUGGAUUGGGUCUAUACUUUGGUGCUGGAGUAUUCUCCAAGGAUGCUGCCGUUAUUCACCUCAUAGCCAUUGGAAUACCGUUUGUAGCAGCAACACAGCCAAUAAACUCAAUCGCUUUUGUGCUGGACGGAGUCAAUUUUGGAGCAUCAGAUUUUGCUUACACUGCAUACUCCAUGGUAGGAGUUGCGGCCAUAACAAUUGCAGCAAUAAUAUACAUGGCAAAGUUCUAUGGUUUUCUAGGAAUAUGGAUAGCCCUUACGAUCUAUAUGGGUCUCCGAACCGUUACUGGAAUUGCCAGGAUAGCAACAGGAACCGGACCGUGGAAAUUCUUGCGUGGACGAUCCCCUUCAUCUUCCUAGGACUUAGUUAAUAAUUAUAAGAGCGUUGCAUCCUUGUCUGUCUUUCUUAAUUUUUGGUUUUUGUUUCUUGAGUUUUUACAUUUUGUUUGAAAACCAGUUAUCUGUAUUGUUAUCUUCACAGCUGCAGAUAAAUAAUUGGAUGAAACGUUAUCUCUCUU